AGCGAAUGCGUCGGGGAAGCUCGAACUGGGGGUGGAAAGAAGAGAGUAGUUGAGGAGGUGGGAGCUGUUGUUAGGGAGAGGGAGACAGCGCGGCUUGGCGGCUUAGCAGAAGCUGAAGGGAGGAGGAGGAGGAGGCGGCGGCGGCAGCAGCAGGGCACAAAAAUUGAGCAAUGAAUAAAUUACGACAGAGCUUCAGGAGAAAGAAAGAUGUCUACGUUCCUGAAGCCAGUAGACCACAUCAAUGGCAGACGGAUGAAGAAGGGGUUCGAACUGGGAAAUGCAGCUUCCCAGUUAAGUAUCUGGGACACGUAGAAGUGGAUGAAUCCAGAGGAAUGCAUAUAUGUGAAGAUGCUGUGAAAAGACUAAAAUCUGAAAGGAAGUUCUUCAAAGGCUUCUUUGGAAAAAGUGGAAAGAAGGCAGUUAAAGCAGUCCUGUGGGUUUCAGCAGAUGGACUCAGAGUUGUGGAUGAGAAAACAAAGGAUCUUAUAGUUGAUCAGACAAUAGAAAAGGUCUCCUUCUGUGCUCCGGAUAGGAAUUUUGACCGAGCGUUUUCUUACAUAUGUCGAGAUGGUACUACAAGACGUUGGAUAUGUCAUUGCUUUAUGGCUGUAAAAGACACGGGAGAGAGGUUGAGUCAUGCAGUUGGCUGUGCAUUUGCAGCAUGUUUGGAGCGAAAGCAAAAGAGAGAGAAAGAAUGUGGGGUGACAGCCACCUUUGAUGCCAGUAGAACCACUUUCACAAGGGAGGGGUCUUUCAGGGUUACCACGGCAACUGAACAAGCAGAAAGAGAGGAAGUCAUGAGACAAAUACAAGACAUCAAAGUUGAAACAGAUGUGAAAACAACUGCUUCAAGUGUUGUACCUGGCAAUAGGGCUCCAUCUCCAGGUUCGCCCACUUCUCCUACUGCUGAAGUUGCAACUUCUGCUGAAAAGGAAUCCAGCAAUCCUCAUGCUAUCCCUCGACGACAUGCUCCUAUUGAACAGCUUGCCAGACAGGGGUCCUUCCGAGGUUUCCCUGCUCUUAGCCAGAAGAUGUCUCCAUUUAAACGCCAGCUUUCUCUACGAAUCAAUGAGUUGCCCUCCACAGUGCAAAGAAAGACUGACUUCCCUAUAAAGAACUCAGUUCCUGAAUCUGAAGGAGAAGUCGAUAGCAUUAGCUCAUUGUGCUCCCAGAUUACAAACACCUUUAGCAUACCGACUGAGGAUCCUUUCUCCUCUGCCCCAAUGACAAAGCCAGUAACCGUGGUUGCGCCACAGUCGCCAGCUUUUCAAGUCAAUGGCAUUGCCUCUGCCUUCCAUGUGUUUGCUGAUAAACCAGCUCAAACUACUAUAGCAUCUACAGCAAUACCACUUCGUGAAUCCAAUCCCUGGGCUCAGUCCCCUGCUGCUCCAGCUGUUGCUAAAAUUGGAGCUGGAGCUUCUCCUUCUGGUGCUGACUGGAGUGCCGACUCGGGAGAGGCCUCGCCGAAUCUGUUUCAGGCAAGCCACAGGCGCACUCCCUCAGAGGCAGACCGUUGGUUGGAAGAAGUAUCUAAAACUGUCCGGUCACAGCAGCCUCAGGUGCAGCCCCAGCCUCCAGCUCCCCAGCCGCUCCUCCAGCCUCCAGCGGUGGUUUCUCAGGCAGCACCAGCUUUUCCAGUCAGCACCUUCAUUGCACCUCCACCAGUGCCUAUUGGGGUGGUGCAGCCCAUGCAGCCUACAUUUAUCCAGGCUCAGCCCUACGCAGUCGCAAAUGGAAUGCCCUAUUCAGCUCCCAGUGUGACCAUGAUUGGAAUCACCCCAUCCCAGAUGGUAGCCAAUGUCUUCGGCACUGCAGGUCACAGCCAAGUGUCCCACGCUCAUCAGUCACCUAGUCUUAUAAAGCAGCAGACAUUUCCUCAGUAUGAAACUAAUAGCGCUACUGCCAGCCCUUUCUUUAAACCCCCGGCCCAGCAGCUCAAUGGCUCUGCUGCUUUCAAUGGUGCGGACCCAGCCAAGUGGCCCACAGAGGACAAGCAUGUGCUUCCUCCCGGAGCUGGCCAGCAGGUGGAUCCAUUUGAAGCACAGUGGGCAGCCCUGGAAAGUAAAUCGAAACAACGUACUAAUCCCUCUCCGACUAACCCUUUCUCCAGCGAAUUACAGAAGACAUUUGAAAUAGAACUUUAAGCAGUCCUGUGGCUUGUACUUCAUCUCUGUGUAUGUGUGUGUUGGCAUUGGAUGUAAGAGUAUACCGGGGGCAGCAUUUUUUAAUCGCUCAUGUCCCUCUCUUUGGAAUUAGGUUGGGGAUAGAGAGAGGGGACACUCAUGGAAAGAGGCUCCUAAACCCAGCCUUUGGGGGUAUAAUCCAGGAAACAUACCCCUUGCCACCUGUUCGGGAAUUUGAAUGGCAAAAGGAAUCUGAAAAGGGCUGAAGAAGGGAGUUGAACCUGAAGCCUUUUUUCCACAGAAACUUCAGGAAACCUCACAAGCUGGAAAGCAAAUGACUCACCACUAUCUUAAGAAUGUGUCUACCUUCCUGUGAAUGGCCCAUUCCCUUGGGGCGAAAACAGAGGUUAGGGAAUUGUGGCAUAGUAAGAAAUGGGCUGGUGGAGAAAGCCUGCAAGCUGCUCAGAAUAUGUUAUCAGUGGGAAAAGAAUGAGCUUCCAUUUCAAGUAAUUAUAUAUAUAGAAUAAAGCCAAAAUCUUUAUUUUUAUGCAUUUUAGAUUAUUUUAAAUAGUUCUAGUUAUUAAAAGUUGAAUGAGUUGUAAGUAAUCUUGCCAAAGUUAUAAAAGGGGGUUGGAUGUAAAAUUGUACAUAAGAUUGAUUUAUCACUGAUUCUUACAGUCAGUAAUAUGGGAAUAGGGUAGGGAGCGGAGUUCCCAGCUUGUCCCUCUCUGUAUCAUUGUAAGUAGCAUAUUGCAACUACAAUCAUGAAUCAUGACCAAUUUUUUUUUAAAAAAAAUCAUUGUAGAGUAGUGUAAGAACAAUAUUGUCUUGGUUUGAGAACAAUUGGUAAAUUUUAUCUUUUUUUAAGCAAUCAAACUAGAUAUUAAAGUUCAUAUAGGUUCUUUCAUGUACUGCUGCAGUUUAUUUGUCUUACAUCUCUUUUAACACUACUGUGACAACUGUAAUUAUAUUUACAAUCAGGUCUACUUAUGAACCCAUUUUAGGUGCAUUAAAUAGAGUUUAGAUUUUUUAAAAAAAUGCUUUUCCCAUUGUUAUAUAUGAAAGCUUAUAGCUAGACUGCAGCUAUUCCAUUUCUUUCCUCUGGCAAAUCAUGAAGUCCAUCUCAUUUUUAAUUUUACUCUUAAAACUUGGCCUUACAAGCAAAUGUAAGUUAUAUAUUUGUACUGAUGAUUUAUAAUCUGCUUUAACAGAAAUAAAUGUUGGUAGUAGAUUAUGUGUCUUUCUCAACAGGUUUCCUUGUUGUUUUCCUGCAACCAGUUUGAUCUCCAUUUCAUUUGGUGUAUAGAUCACCAAAUUUUAAAUGUUUGGUCUACUAAUAACAGGGCAAGAUAUAUACUCCCAUUUGUAUCUAUUGCUUAAAGCAGGAAUUGCAACUUCUGGAAUUUCAGCUUGCUUUUAUUUUGAAAUUUGUAUUAUAUUUCCUGUUUCCCCAGAAGAAUGUGGUUCCUACAAAUUGCCACAUUUCCCAUUAAGGGAUUAUCAGUGUAUUAUUCAGAAAUAGCCCUGAAGAACUUUGUAUUUGUUCUAGAGCAUUGUUCAUUAUCUAGAGACAUAAACUGGUUUUGCUCAGUUUUAGUGUGUCUUAAUACAUAAUGGAACUUAAUGGUUAUUGCUGUUUAAAGUUACAGUACUUAAGUGGUUUGUUUCAGUACAAAGCAUGCUUACUCUAAAACAAAGCUACCUCAAAUGUAAGUGCAUGUAUGGUGGAUGUAUGAAUUUGGACUAUGCCAUACUGCACUUGAGUAAAAAUCCCUUUCACUCUUUUUGUCCUUGGUCUAUUCAUACUUUUUGCAAAUGUAAAUGCAUGGAAUUCUCAUAAAGCUGCCACGUAGACAAUAAUUGAAUAUUGUCAAUGAAACAUUUGUGUAGAGCCUAAAUAAAUUCCUAUUGGGAUCAGAGGCAAGAAUUUCCAUAACCCAGUAAUUUUGUACAGUGAAUGGACAGUUACUAACUUACUACAUACAGGUCCAAAUACUUCUAAGGCCUUACUUCUGUUGUAGAAAAACUUUUAUAAAACCAGGGUUUAUUUUGGGUCUAGGGAAAAUGGCUUCUUGGAAUAUGCAUUACUUGUGGGGUUGUUAUGUGGAAUGGAGAAAUAAUGAUCAAUGGUUGAUUAUUUGUUAUUAAAGAAGGCAUAAUUCUAUCCAAUUUUAUCAACAGACAUCAAAAGUGCUUCUCUCAUAUAUGCAUUCAACAUUAAUCUAGCAGCAAUAACAAGUACAGUAAAAGCUGCUUUGCUAUUUUACCAUUUCUCUUUAAUAUUAUUAAAUAACAAUAUUUCCCAGUCAUGGGAAAAGAUACCAAUGUGAUCCAGAUUUUGAAAAAUGGUUUGGGAAGUGAUGAACUGCAGUAGAUAUAAAAAAUUCUGUUAAAAUGCCAAUUUUUUGAGAUAUAAAAAAUAAGAUAAACCACUUCAGAAUUUUUUCCACCUUUAAUUUAGCAUAUGACCUGUACAAUUCAAUAUAAAGACAAAUUGAAAUCUUUUAGAGGGGGAAAAUAACAAUAAAAAUACAAUAACUUGGUUGCAAUAAAUGUGCAAACCCCUUAAUACUUGAAGCACCUUUUGACUUUUGACAGCAUUCAGUGUUGGGACAGGAGCCCAUUGGCAUAGCACAUCUUGCGUUGGCAAUCUUUGCCCACUCUUCCUUGCAAAGUGCUCCCAAUCUGUCAGAUUGUGAGGGCAUUUCCUGUACACAGCCCUCUUCAGGCCACCCCUCAGGUUUUCAAUUGGAUUCAGGUCCGGGCUAUGCUGGGCCAUUCCAAAACUUUGAUCGUCUUCUGAUUAAGCUAUUUUUAUGUUGCUAUGGAGAUAUGCUUUGGGUCAUUUCCAUACUGAAAGGUGAAAUUCCUCUUCAGCAUUUUAGCAGAGGCCUGCAGGGUUUGUGCCAAAAUUGACUGAUACUUGGAAUUGAUCAUAAUUCCCUCCAUCUUGACUAAAGUCUCAGUUCCUG